UACACGAAGAAGAAUGUUGUAAGUUGCCAAAUAUGGUAGUAAACACCGGCCGGGCUUCUCUAGCCAGCUAGGCUACUCCGAAAGUCUUCUGGGAAAAUGUCGGAGUGUCCCCUGCCCUCUUUUCCUCCACCUCCUCCGCCACCCCCUCCUGCAGCACUCCAUGAUUCAAGAAGCAAAAAGAAGUUUUAUCAGACGAUAGCAGUCAGCAGAAGCCCGGUGGAAGGAGACUACACGGAGCCUCUCCUACUCAUCAGUCAGAGGGCGAGCAGUUUCAGCAGAAAUCUCCACUGGACUCUGGUAAACAAGUACGUGCCUUCGCUUAUCCAAGAUGGCCCACAGUGCGGCCUGGUGGCCUUGUGGAUGGCUGCUCACCUGCUGGGGCCGCCUGUUGACAUGCACACCUUGUUUGGGACUGCGCUCAAGCGAGGCUUCACAGCACACGGGGAAAUGUUCUCAGUUCGGAACAUGGCGUUGCUGGCUGAGGAGGUGUGCGGCUGCAAGGCUGAGGCGCUGUCGGGUGGUUUGGUACGCGACAACGCCACCAGGAUUGUCGCACACUUGUGGAGCAGACAGCCUGUUCUCUUCCCAUACGAUGACGACUUCAACCAUGAGCCUUGCGAGCGUGAAGGCCACAGGGCGCACUGGGCCGUGGCUUCAGGUGUUCUCCUGGGUAUGGACCAGGGUUACGUGAGCACAGAGCCAACCCAGCCUGACUCGACUCUGCCGUGGAUUCACCUGCGUGGACACUCUGGCUUCUCCUCGUCUUUGGACAGCUCACAUAUUAGAGAGGUCUACGUCUUAGCCAAGCAGGGGAAAAGUCUGCGCUACCAGCUGUGGAGUUUGGACAGCAUUGCACGUAGCAACAAGCAGCUCAUGGAAAUGGCCCCGCAGACACGCAACAACGGGACACAUUAUGUGCUUCCCAUGGGCGGAGUUGAAGGCGGGUUAGCCGGCGAGGCUCUUUUACUGCAUAAAAGGAGACAACUUGAUGGGGACGCACGCACACAGUGACAGUUUGUGUUAUGACAGCACUUAAGUGAGUCGCGAAAACAGUCAAAAACAAUUAAAUUUAAAAAAAAAGUCUUAUUUCCAGUUUUAUUGCAAUCUGUUGCCUUCAUGGCAAAGAAGCAAAGAAGAUUCCAUAUCAAAUGUAACCUGUUGUUGCACUUUCUCCACUUAAAAAUACACUUGUGCUUAUAGAAUACAAAUAUUUCGUUUCCUCCCAAUCCGAAAGCACCCAGUUAGGAGAAGGGGGCAAAAAAAAAAUUAAUCUGUUAGCUGGUAUGCUUGCAUGGAAGAAGUAGUAGAACACACUCUGUAAACAAGUCGAUGUUGACUUUUCAGAGAUGACUGAUUUCCUGUGUGUGAUCAACACAGUCAAAGUCAUUUACUAUGGCAUGUCAAUAUUUUCUAAUUAUGCACAAUUAUUAGUUAUUGCUGUUUUCCAGUUCGGUUUGCAGAUCGGGAUGCAAGAUGGUUAAAAAAAAAAAAAAA